AUGUCCGACAUAGUUGUAUUUCAAGAUAAGCACUACAAGCACAAUGGAGAGCACUUGUGUACUCUCUCAAUGCCAAAUUCAAACAUCUACAAGAUUACGAUGAAUAGAUUGUCUAAUGGCCAGCCAGAGAACCGAAUUGAAAGGGAUUUCCUCGAUUUGGGGUUAUCCAAGGCUUUAGAUGAUGUAGAAUCUCAUUGGAGGUCCCUUCGUAGCGACUUGUAUCCGGCUGCAUCUCUGGUUCUCACGGGUUCAGGGCUGAAAUUCUUCAGCAACGGUUUAGUACUCGAUAAGGCGCUGGACGAUAAGAUGUUCUUCGCCAGUAUUCUAGACCCUUUCAUUCUCCGUUUAUCCAGUUUCCCCUUGCCCACAAUCGCAGCCGUCAAUGGACACGCCUUCGCCAUGGGAUUCGUCUUGGCGCUCUGCUGUGACUAUAUCGUCGGUAAAUCCAACGGCAGAGGGUGGUUCUGCAUGAAUGAGAAUGAAUUCGCCUCUAACAUUCCCCCGGGCAUGCUUUCGGUAUUGAUGCGUCGCCUCAACAACUGGCAGCUGAUCAGACAGACAAUACUGGAUUGCAGGCGCUGGACUCCACCGCAGCUGAAUGAGGUUGGUAUAGUCGACGUUGUAUGCUCCGAGGAGAAGUUACAGAGUGAGGCUGCGAAACUUGGCCAGAGUGUCGCAAAUUCACCACGGCGCAGAAUAGAGACUGAUGUAUUCAAGCUUCUCAUGUCCGAGUACGAAGUGAAUCUCAGCAACGACAACAUGCAAGAGUUUUUUGUUAGAUUCCACGGUCCCAAAGAGACACACUACCAAGGCGGUGUAUGGAAAGUACGCGUAGAAUUACCUGACCAGUAUCCAUUCAAAUCCCCUUCAAUUGGAUUCCUCAAUAGAAUAUUUCACCCAAAUAUCGAUGAGCAGAGUGGUAGUGUGUGUCUUGAUGUCAUCAAUCAGACUUGGUCACCCAUGUUCGAUCUGAUAAACAUCUUCGAGGUGUUCCUGCCCCAGUUGCUCAGAUAUCCCAACCCUUCGGAUCCACUCAAUGGCGAGGCUGCUGCCCUUUCCAUGCGCGAUGCCCAAAGCUAUGAAACCAAAGUAAAGGAUUACAUUCAACGCUUCGCCCUCCCAGAAAAUGUCAAGCUCGAUCAAGACAAUGACGACGACUCGGAUGUCGAAAUAUCUGAUCAGGGCAGCUUGCCUUCUGACGACCAGGUCCCAGGCGCUGUAGAUAUCUAA